CCAUAGCUUUAGAGUGUGGGAUACUCGGUUCUGCUGAAGAUGCCACUGAGCCUACCAUCAUUGAAGGAAAGGUGUUCCGUGACUUAUCUGAUAAAGAAAGAGAACAAAUCGCCACGAAAAUAAUGGUAAUGGGGAGAUCUUCUCCAAAUGAUAAGCUUUUGCUUGUUCAAGCCUUACGUAGAGGCGGGGAUGUUGUGGCUGUGACUGGAGAUGGUACUAAUGAUGCUCCUGCACUUCAUGAGGCAGAUAUAGGUCUGUCUAUGGGUAUUCAAGGGACUGAAGUUGCAAAAGAAAGUUCAGAUAUCAUUAUAUUGGAUGAUAAUUUUGCUUCUGUUGUGAAGGUUGUUCGCUGGGGUCGUUCUGUCUAUGCCAAUAUUCAGAAGUUUAUACAAUUCCAGCUUACAGUUAAUGUUGCAGCUCUUGUAAUCAAUGUCGUGGCAGCGAUAUCCUCCGGUGAUGUUCCUUUAAAUUCAGUACAGUUACUAUGGGUUAACCUGAUCAUGGAUACUCUUGGAGCACUUGCAUUGGCUACUGAACCACCAACUGACAACCUUAUGCAUAGAUCACCAGUUGGCCGAAGGGAACCUCUAAUUACAAACGUCAUGUGGAGGAACUUACUCAUACAGGCCUCAUAUCAAGUCACUGUCCUCCUCGUGCUCAAUUUUGAAGGCUUGACAAUUCUUCAUUUGAAGGAUGACCCUGACAGCGGACAUGCUUAUAAAGUGAAGAAUACUUUGAUAUUCAAUGCAUUUGUCAUGUGCCAACUAUUCAAUGAGUUUAAUGCUAGAAAGCCGGAAGAAAUGAAUUGCUUCGAAGGAGUGACUAAAAACUACCUCUUUAUGGGGAUAAUUGGAUUUACAUUAAUUCUUCAGGUAAUCAUUAUUGAGUUCCUCGGAAAGUUCACCAGCACGGUCAGACUUGAUUGGCAGCUAUGGCUUGAAUCCAUCGGCAUUGGCUUCAUCAGCUGGCCUCUUGCGAUCGUUGGAAAGCUCAUUCCGGUUCCUGAGACUCCAGUCACCAAGUAUUUCACGAAGCCAUUUCGACGAAACAAAGCAUCUCAGAAUGCAUGAACCAUUUGGUACUGUAGUGUCUGUGAAUUCUUUCCCUGCAAAAA